UCAAAAGAGAUUUUUUUUUUCUUUUCUUUUUUUUAAUGAAAGUUAAUUUUGUUUUAUAGCCUUUUUUAUGCUGGAAGAUCAAGCCUUUUUCAUAUAAUUUAUGAAUCAAACGUGCUGUGAAAUAUUCUUUAAAAUCUUUGUAUAACAUAUUAUAACUUGUUUUUGCUAUUACAUCUCAUACGCUCGAGCCCUGAUAGCCUAAAUAUUGACUUUCGAAUGUCGAAUAUAAUUUUUAAUCGCCAAUUUGUCAGACAAUUAAAACCCAAACAUCAUGCAAGGCUUCAGCAUCACAAAAUGUCGAUACACACUCAGGCCACAUCUCUUCCCUCCCCUCUGAUCUGUAAACUUUCAGAAGGUAGGCUGUGCUCUGACUGCCUAUGAGGAGAGCAGGAGCCAAACCUGCCAGCCCCUCAAUUUUCUCCACUUCCUGUACUCAAGCGACUGCAUCCCAAAAGAGGGAAAAAAUAGGAAAUAUCCAGCAAACGGCUCUAAAUAAGGCGUCCCGACGAACCGCUCGCGCUCGGCGCGUCUGCUGCCGCUUUACUGACCCAGCACGAAACUUGCUUUAGACGUGUUUGUUAGUUUACAGAUUGACUGUACGGAAGGAAACAGCGAACUGGGUUCAUAUUAGACCGAAUUUGACCGCAUGGGAUAACGAAUCUAUAACAGAAAAAGCUUGAAGCAAUUUGAAGAUAUCGAAAGAGAAGGUUAAGCCGUCAAAUGUAUUGGAAAAAUGAGGCUUUGGCCCCUCUAUCAGAGGGAAAUCAGUUUCUAUCCGAAGGAAUUCCCUCAAAACAGGUGAUCUCUCCAGACUCGCACAGCACACCGGGAGCGUCGCGCUGCGUGGACGGACAACACGGUCGCGCGAUGUCACAGUCUGACGGAGAAUCUCACAGGUCUAAUAUGGAGAAAGAGGACCCUCGCUCGUCGCCCAGUCCGCCCUCGACGCCGUCCAUCUGCUCGCCCAUCUCCAGCGCCUCCUCCGUGCCGUCCACCGGGAAGAACGUGUGCGCGAGCUGCGGCCUCGAGAUCCUGGACAGAUACCUGCUCAAGGUCAAUAAUCUGAUCUGGCACGUGAGGUGUCUGGAGUGUUCCGUUUGCAGGACGUCACUACGUCAACACAGCAGCUGCUACAUCAAAAAUAAAGAAAUCUUCUGUAAAAUGGAUUAUUUCAGGUUUGGUACAAAGUGUGCCCGCUGUGGCCGGCAGAUCUACGCCAGCGACUGGGUACGGCGAGCCAGAGGCAAUGCCUACCAUCUGGCCUGCUUCGCCUGCUUCUCCUGCAAACGCCAGCUGUCCACAGGCGAGGAGUUCGGGCUGGUGGAGGAGAAAGUACUCUGUCGGAUCCAUUACGACACAAUGGUGGAGAACCUGAAACGGGCUGCUGAGAGCGGAAGCGGACUCACUCUGGAGGGGGCGGUGCCGUCAGAACAGGACAGUCAACCAAAACCGGCCAAAAGGGCAAGAACGUCCUUCACUGCAGAACAGCUGCAGGUAAUGCAGGCGCAGUUUGCACAGGACAACAACCCUGACGCUCAGACCCUGCAGAAGUUGGCAGACAUGACAGGACUGAGUAGACGAGUCAUACAGGUUUGGUUUCAAAACUGCAGAGCGAGGCAUAAAAAGCACACCCCCCAGCACAGCGGCCCACCUCAAGCUCACCCGCAGGCCCGCAUGCCCCCCUCGCUGCCCGAUGAGCUGCAUUACUCCCCUUUCGGCAGUCCUGAGAGAGCACGCAUGGUGGCCCUGCACGGGUACAUCGAAAGUUUCACAGGUCAUCCGUUCUCGGUGCUCACCACACAGAGCCUCCCUCAUCAGGCCAUGACGCUGCCGCAGCUCCCUCUCAGCCGCUAACACCCCGCCUCGCACUGACCCCUGACCCCUUCACCCUGACCUCCUGCUCCAAACCUCCGACCCCAGAGGUCGGAUCUGGCUGAAGGAGAGGGUCACGGUCCCUCCUGCUCUUGACCCCUGAACUCGCAAAUAGAGAGAGACUAUUUCCUCUCUGGUUUCAUUGGACAGGAUUUUACUCACCUGCAUCUAGUCACUCUCGGUUAAGGAAAACCGCAUACGUGACCUGUGAAUUUAGGACUUUGUCACCAAGACCAGGAUCUGGACUUUUGGACAAAAA